GAAAACUUUACAUAUUCCUUCCCUUUUGGGAAGGUUUUGUUUCUCUUCAAAAAUGUCUUUUGCCAUCUUCUUUAUAUGGCUUGUCACCGUCCCUUUCUGUGUUCAUUCUCAGCAAAUUAACCCACCUCAAGGCUUCACCUUAAGCUGCGGCGACGCAGAAGACCGUAUGUUAGGGGUACAGAAAUUUGUCCCAGAUACAGAAUUCGUCUCUGUUGGUAAUGCAACGGCUGUAAAAACACCAGAUGUACUGUCAGUAUUAACCACAUUGCGAUUCUUUCCGGACCAGUUAGCGAGGAAAUAUUGCUAUACUUUUCCUGUGAUUAUUGGGGAGAAAUAUUUAGUAAAAACUAUAUACUAUUAUGGAGAGUUUGAUGGAGGAGUGACGCCACCUGUAUUUGAUCAGAUUAUCGAUGGGACUAGAUGGAGCAUUGUUAAUACCACUGAGGAUUAUGCCAAGGGACUAAGCUCCUACUAUGAGAUUUUUGUGGCAGCUACAGGGCAAAACCUUGGUGUUUGCCUAGCCAGGAAUGAAAACACUGCUUCGCAUCCGUUUAUUUCUGCCAUUGAAGUGCAACCCCUUGAUCCAUCCGUGUAUAAUGCCACUGAUUUCUCCAAGUAUGCACUUAGUACUGUUGAAAGGAGUAAAUUUGGAGAAAAAACUGGAGACAUGAUUGGCUUUCCAGAUGAUAAAUUCGACCGGCUGUGGCUACCAUUUGGGGACAACAAUUACAUUGUCAAUAGCCACUACAAUGUGAGCUCAGAAGAUUUUUGGAACAUGCCACCAGUGAAAGCAUUUACAUCAUCGAUUACAGCCCUGCCACAUAAGUCACUUCAAAUCAUGUGGCCACCAGUGUUACUUCCCAGUAGCACAUACUACAUUGCACUCUAUUUCCAGGACGACCGGAGUCCAGGCCCUGAUAGCUGGAGAGUGUUUGAUGUUGUUGUAAAUGGGGAGGCUUUCUACAAGGGUCUUAAUGUCACCACCAAAGGUGUGACUGUUUAUGGAAGCGAACAGCCAUUGUCUGGUCAGACUAAUAUCACCUUGAUUCCUGAAGGUGAUGUUGGACCUAUAAUCAGUGCUGGUGAAAUCCUGCAGGUUCUGCCUCUUGGAGGAAUUACUCUUCCUGCAGAUGUCGCGGCGAUGGAAGAUUUGGCCAGAGCGUUUAUCAAUACACCUUCUGAUUGGAGGGGAGAUCCAUGCUUGCCUCCCGAGAACUCAUGGGGUGGAGUUUCAUGUUCUACUGAUAUCCCAGCUAGAGUUCUCCACAUAAAUCUUACAUGCAUUGAGCUGUCGGGGACUCUUUCCCCAAGCGUCGCCAAUUUAACAGCACUAAAGAAUCUUUGGCUUGGAGGAAACAGAAUCUCUGGUCCAAUUCCAGAUAUGUCAUCACUGACGAUGCUAGAAACGUUGCAUUUGGAGGACAAUCAAUUCCAAGGAGUAAUCCCACAAUGGCUAGGCCAACUUGAGAACCUUCGUGAGGUAUUCCUUCAAAACAAUACUCUCGAAGGACAAAUUCCUGAUGAUAUAAUGAAAAAGAAUGGAUUAUUUAUUCAGGUGACUCCAAUGAAUACUUUCAUCCCGAUAACACAAUAAUGCUAUAGCUAUUGAAAACUAAAAGGGGUUUGUGCCAUUUUACUUGUUUGGUUCUGGAGCUGAAAAUCUGCUGGCUUCAAACGAUCCACAACACAAGAAGAUCAGAUGAUAGCAGCAGAUACUUUCUCUUCCAAGUUAGAGUUCCAAGUUCUACCAACCGAAUAUUGUAAUUUAUAUUUUAUAAUUUAUGAAAUUUUUAUUCAUUUAUACAGUGACUGUGUCCCCUGAUCUAAUGAGAGGGAAUUUUACCGGCAAGAUGGAAUGGAAUCCCAUUACUUGAUCCGAGUAUAAAUUCUCACCACAAAAACGGCUGAUAUGCAUUUACCGCAUUGCUUAUCAUUAUUUUAUUAAAGUUU